GAGAGCACACCGGAACGCUCCCGCUAGGACAAGGCAGUGACCCUCACACCAGGACAACGACAGAAGCCUCAGAGGACAACGGGACCCCCUGGAGAAAGGUCCGUGCAGGAGAGUGGGAGAAGGGUCCCUGCUGGCUGCCGUGUCCUGGGUGGGCAGAGAGCUCUGACCUUGGCCAGAUGGGCUGGUUUCUGGGUGUUUUGAUCCUGACGUCGCCAAAACCUCAGGCUUCUCUCCCUGGGCCCUUGCCGUUGCUGUAUCUCUUGGAUGCCGUGCAGAACGGAAUCAGGCAGCCAAGCCUCAUGUUCGCCUUCUCCCUCACCCUCUGCGCUGCUCGUGUGGCACAGCAGAUCCUGAAGCCAGAGGAGCACGUGUACAUAAGGGUAAAGAGAUUCCUUCUGUCACACCGGUAUUUGGACCUGAGGAAGGUACCGGGUUUUCUCCAGCUUUUCUACAGUUUUGAUUUUGAGAGUUGUAUUCUGGAGAUAUCACAGAGUGCUGCCCGUGUCACCAGAGCUGCCCAUGAGCUGAUAGAGGAUGACAGCCUCCUCUCGUGGGUCCUGCACAGCUUAGAGAAAAGGUUUCUGGAGAACAAGGUGAUAAAUAAAAUUAUUUCCUUACUCCAUCCUCUAUGGCUAAUAAAUUUAGGAGACAAGAGAGAAAACAGGAAUCAAUCCCAGAUGCUGCUGUUGAGAUGGAUAUAUGAUCUAUCUAUCUGUAUAUAGAUAUAUGUAUAUCUGUGUAGUGAUAAUAAUGGGAUUUUUUAUGAUAUGUUGCUUUACUGUUUUAUAUUUGUAAUAAAGUGUGAUUAUAAGUUAUUAGUUAUAAUAGUUUAUUAUAUUUAUUGGCUAAAGUAACAGUUUCUUGUAUUUUAUUGGUAUCAAGUAAUUAAUCAUUAAUUGGUAAGAGUUUAUAAUGAAUUAUUAAGGUGUGAAUAUUGUUCAUUAAGGUACGUCUUUUUUAAUUGUAGGUAUUUUCAUGUGUUUAUAUGGGUUUUUAUGUUAAUGAUUUUGGGUUUUUGUGUUAUGAAUAUAUUAGUAUUUUUUUAGGGUUUUUGUUGUUAGUUUAGUUGUUUGGUGUGUAGAUUAUUCGUUAAGUAUGUUUAUCUAUAUAUGUUUUAAAAUUUAAGUUAUAAAUAUACUUGUUAAGGAUUUUUGUAGAGUUCUAUGUAAAAAUUUAAGUAGGUAGGGGAGGUAUAAAGUAAUAAUUAUUAAUAGGAUGAGUAUUUUAGUUUUUAAUAAUGACUUAAGUUAUUUAGUGAUGUUUUAAUUAUUGAAAAGAUUAUUUAGGGGUUUUUUUAUGUGUAAUUGAUUAAUUUAAAAAAUUAGUACUGUUUUUUAAAUUGAUUUCUUGUGAUUUCAUCAAUUUAUAUAUUUUUUAAAAUGUUUUAUAUUAAUGAUUGUGUGUGAAUAAUAAAUAAAUUAACAGUUGUUUUAUUUUGUAAGGUAGUAUGUUUAAAGAUGGUUAUAUUUGGCAGUAAUUUAUUUAAAGUUAUAGGUGUGUUAUUCUUUCAUUUGGUUGGUUAAUAAGUAAGUUCAUUUGAUGUGGUUCAAGUGUGAGUUGUAGUUAUUUUAGGUGUUAAAAGAGAUGUAGAAAUAAUAGAAUUAGGUUGUUAAAAGGUUGUACUAUUUUGAUACUGAGAAGUAAAUUUGUGUUAGAGUGACUGGGUAUUUUUGGGUGUGUUUUUUUGGGGGUUGUUUUGGGUUUUUUUUUGUUUUGUUUUUGGGGUUUUUUUUUGGUUUUGUUUUUUGAUGUAUUAUUCUUAUGUUUGGUCUUAGUAGGGUUAAUGGUUUUAAAUUGUAGGUUUGAUGUUUUGAGGUAACUUCUUUGUGGUUUUGUGUGGUUUGGGGGUUGAUUUGUAACUAAAUAUUGUACAAGUAUUUAUUUGUAAUGAUUUUAGUAAUUUUACUUUUGGUGGUUUACCUGUAAUUUGGGGUAUGAGUGUAUAAAUGUUAUUUUAAGAGUU